UAGUACAAGGCAGCAAUGUCUCAAAGUGGGGCAGAAUUAAACAAAGAGUGUGUAGAUAAAGAGAAGGGAACUGUCAAUGGCUUCCCAUUUCCCUCCUCAACAAUAAAAUAUCCUUCUCUUGAAAGAAUCACUAGAACCCCAGUCCCUGUGCCCAACUCAACCCUUUUUGGUCCACUCUGAUCUGGUCUGAUCUUUCGAUUAAAAUGGCGGAUACAUCUCUUAAAUCUACCUGCCAUUGUGGUGCCAUUACCGUGAUCGUGCCUCAUCAACCAAAGGAAAUCAACGAAUGUCAAUGUACAAUCUGUCGGCGCUACGCAGCCGCUUGGGCGUACUACAAAGUGAAUGAAGUCAAAUUUGAUAUAAAAGAAGGUGCCAAACUCUCUCAGUACGUUUGGGGAGAUAGAGAGAAGUCAUUCAAUUUCUGUGAGAAUUGCGGAUGCGUAUGCUAUCAUUGGCCAUUUGAAGAAAAGAACCCAGACGGUAGUGCAGCUGACUGCGGCGUUAACACGAGGAAUAUGGAUCCCAUGGAAAUCUUGCACGUCAACCGCAUGAUUGAAAGAGCCUGGCUGUUCCAGCCAAUCAACAAUAAAACCAUGGCGCAUGAGCAGGAUCAGGCCAAGUACUAACCUAUUUAUGUAGAUGUUAUUGUAAAUUUAAUUGAAAGGAUGUCUCCAGCCUUGUCCAGAGCUGUACUUCGCUUUACAUAAGGUGUCUUUAUAUCUCAGUAUCAGCCAAAAGUUUCACCAAUUUCCACAGGGUUUAAAAAGUAUUCUAGAAUAAAUUUUAUUACCAUUUACAUGUAUUGUAAACAAAGAUUUGGUAUUAACAGAUAUCAUAAUAUUUCUGGAUCAAUGUUAUACCUCCGCUCAAC